UCCGGCGACCAUCUUUGUCUGACUGAGAAGCAAUUUGGGAAACGGGUUAAAUAUUUCUCUAUUGUGCUACGGAGAGAAUAUCAUUUGUUCUGCCUGGACAGGAGGACGUUUGGGGAAUCUACUAAAGUCUUCCAAAUAGCACAGACCGUCAUUGUCCUCUGUUCAUUCUCUUCCCUUCUCAUCCCUCUGGCUGGGGUAAGAGGUCCAUGGAGAGAUUUCUAAAUGGCUGAGGAGCUGUGUACCGGCUGGUUUCGCAUCGUUGCAGGUACAGCUCCUUGGAGAUAGAGGAAUGCAAAUCUGCAACCAUGAUGGAAGGAUUGAAAAAACGUACCAGGAAGGCCUUUGGGAUACGGAAGAAAGAGAAGGACAAUGACUCCACGGGGUCUCCAGACAGAGAGGGAGGUUCUCAGAAGAAGACCAAUGGGACCCCCAAUGGCUUCUAUGGAGAUAUUGACUGGGACAGAUAUAACUGUCCUGAGGUGGAUGAUGAGGGCUACAGCAUCAGACCUGAUGAGGAGUCAGAAGAGGGAGCUUGCGAAAAGAAGCCCCACUUCUUCUCCUCUGAUGAGUCGGAAGAAGAGGAGGACCACAGGAAAAAAUUUAAAAUCAAGAUCAAGCCGCUGCCGGCUGAUCGUGUGGUGGCGGUUCCCUCGUUUGAUGAGCUCAAAGCCUCCAUUGGCAACAUAGCUCUGUCCCCGUCUCCUCUGAGACGUAGCCCGGGUUUGAAAAGGAACACCUCCAGUGAAGAGAUUGCCAGACCGAGACGUGUCGUCCCUACUGUACCCACUGUGGCCCCCGCACCAGCUCCAGCACCACAACCCCCCAGCAGUCAAGAAACACCAGUCUCUGAGGACACCACAGCCUUAUUUGGGCCUCCUUUGGAAACAGCCUUUGGAGAACAGAAAACCGAAGUGGUUCUGUCUGAGUCCGAUGUGUGGGGGACUCCUCUGUCAGAGCCUGAAUCCUCUUUGACGAGAUCCUUCCCCACAGGAACUCCACCUCCACUUCCACCCAAGAAUGUCCCAACGUCCCCCCUGACGACUGGCCCUCCCUCUGCAGAUGAUGCUGAAGUGUCACCAGAAGCAGACGGUUCAACCAGGAAGUCCUCGAUAGCCAACUUGGACAACAUUUUUGGACCCGAGCAGGCUCCCCCUGCUGAAGAGGAUGCAAGUGACACGUGGGUGUGCUUCACUGAAGAAUCCUCUGACCAGCCGCCUCUACCAAAGGACCCUGCACCUCCACUCCCCACCUCCCCACCUCCUCCAGAGGAACCAGCACCUCCGUUACCAGCCUCCCCGCCUCCACCUGAAUCUCCUGCCCCACCCUUGCCUACAUCACCACCUCCUCCAGAAGACCCAGCACCACCUCCCCCUAUCUCCCCUCCUCUGAAAGAAGCCCCUGUUCCCCCUCUACCAACUUCCCCACCUCCCUCAGAGGAGUGUGCUCCACCUUGUGUCCCCUCAGGUCCUCCCACGCCUGAGGAACAAAAUCCUGUCGCCACCUCACCACCCCCUGCACCAAAGGAGCUUGCAUCUCCUCCCACUUCUUCUCCUCUUCCUCCUCUUGACUCACCCGCCAGCGUCCCAACAGCUCCCACUCCCAAAGCAAGCACACCUCCCUUGGUGACUCCUCCUGCUGAAGAACCCGCAACGUGCUCCGUCCCGCCACCCCUUGUCCUGUCUCAAGAAGAGAAGCCCAAGAAUACAGAUGCCUCCCAACCCAAAGAGGAUGAAGGUGAAACUGUCUCUUCGCCCAAAGAUGCUAGCCAGGGGAGCCGGACUACACCUCCCCCACCUCCUCCCCCCACAUACCGGGCAGUGGUGUUGUCACCGGGUCCAACAUCUGGGGCAAGUGGUACAAAUAGUGGAUCCUCCUCUCCAGUGCGACCUGCCACUCCUUCGUCAGCCAACCCCACACCACCACCACCUCCACCCCGCCCCCCUUCGCGGCCCAAACUUCCUCCAGGAAAACCCACUGUUGGAGAUGGAAAUCGUCCAUUUAGCCCGCCAGUCCACUCGGCCAGCCCUCCUCCCAUCGCCCCAUUGGCGCGGGCUGAGAGCACCUCCUCCAUCUCCUCCACUAACUCCCUGAGUGCCGCCACCACCCCCACCGUCAGUAAAGAGCUCUCCGUGUCUGUGUCAGAGAAUGACCAGCCAUCCCUUGUAUGGUUUGACAGAGGGAAGUUUUAUUUAACCUUUGAAGGCUGCUCCAGAGGACCCAGUCCUCUCACCAUGGGAGCUCAGGACACGCUUCCUGUGGCCGCUGCGUUCACAGAGACGGUCAACGCCUUCUUUAAAGGGGCCGACCCCAGCAAGUGUGUCGUGAAGAUCAUAGGUGAGAUGGUUUUGUCAUUCCCGGCGGGAAUCACGAGGCACUUUGCCAAUAACCCGUCCCCUGCCGUGCUAACCUUCAGCAUAACCAACUACAGUCGACUGGAGCAUGUGCUGCCUAACCCCCAGCUCCUCUGCUGCGACACCACCACACAAGCCAAGGCUGAUGCCAAGGACUUUUGGGUGAACAUGCCAAACCUGAUUUCUCAUCUGAAGAAGGUGGCAGAGCAGAAGCCACAGGCGACAUACUACAACGUGGACAUGUUAAAGUAUCAGGUAUCAGUGCAGGGUCUCCACUCCACUCCUCUGAAUCUGGCUGUGAGCUGGAGGUGUGAGCCCACCAGCACGGACCUGAGGAUAGACUACAAAUACAACGGAGAGGCCAUGACAACGCCGAUGGCCCUUAACAAUGUCCAGUUCCUCGUCCCUGUCGAUGGAGGGGUUUCAAAACUACAGGCUGUGUUACCUCCUGCUGCAUGGAACGCAGAGCAGCAAAGAAUCCUUUGGAAGAUUCCUGAUAUCUCACAGAAAUCUGAAAACGGAGGUGUGGGAUCGUUGUUAGCACGCUUCCAGCUAACAGAGGGACCCAGUAAACCAGCUCCACUGGCGGUGCAGUUCACCAGUGAGGGCAGCACCCUGUCGGGCUGCGACAUUGAACUGGCUGGGCCAGGAUACCGCUUCUCUCUCGUCAAGAAGAGGUUUGCCGCAGGAAAAUAUCUUGCUGACAACUAACCCAUGCUACUGAGAACAGCACUGUCGAACAAAACAAUCCCAGUGGACUGAGGUUGACACCGAGGACAGAGGACAGACCGGACAGACCUCCAUUAACCUUUUCUGAACCCACAUGACAGGUCCGCAGCCUACCCAGCAGUAUUGUAUAACUUACAUAUAGCAUCGUGGAACUGUUUUAGGUCAUGUAAUUAUUGUAUUUGUAUUCAUUUCAUAACAUCUGUAUUGCUGCAGUUCAGACACCUGGGUUCUUUCUUCCUCUGAAGUCUGUGCCUCUGUCUCCAUCCUCCUCUGGUCAAUGUGUGGUGGUGUUUUUUAAAGUUUCACUGCAGCUGCCUGACCAGCCAGGUUCAGCCAGAUUGUGCUCUGGAUGACGUGUUGUUUGUUGUCCCUAGUCUAGAAAAAAGCGGCUGUAGAAAUAUCCUCGAAUAAGAUCUUUGCGGUCAGAGACACACCUCAACCUUAGACACAUCCAAAGUUGGAAUAGUUAGAGUUGAACCCAGGAUAAUACAAGGCAAGUUAUCAGCCUUUUAGCACAUAAAAAAAUCCCAGCCCUCUAAAGUAAUCCUUGUGUCAGGGCUUCUCUGGGUCUCUGUCCUCACUGUCUCGCCAUGAACGCGGGUGUACGUUUGGCUCUUGCCAGCAAAUAAAUGCAUUAUCUGAUGCAGUUUUACACACGAUGUCACAAGAUGUUAUGUCUUGUUUGUGCUAGUGUGUGAUCGAAAUGAAACACAAGAUCAAGUGACUACAAGGAAGCUUAAACUCAAAAGAUUUUCAUGCAUCACCUACUGGUACUACAGGGUCACAUGACUUUGACUCACAUCUAUAUAUUUCUUUUUAAGAUAAAUGCACUGAUCAGUCAAUCAAACUGUUAUUUUAUUUCCUCAGAAAUCUACAGACAUGGAGAGGUUUUUAGCAGUUAGGCAGCUGCAAUGAUAAAUCAAUUUACUGGUUGCAAAAUAAGAAAAAUAUGUUUUCCCGUGAGAACAAAAGAAGUGUAAAAAGUGUCAUUUUAAAUCAAUAAUAUAUAUCUUACAGUAAAGGGCGUUUGGUGUUUUCCUCGUAUUGUCAGAUAGCCUUUCUGUUGUUCCCAGGACAGCAGUGUUAGACUCCAGAUUACAUGACAGCAUUCUAUUUUUAUUUAUUGAUGACGAUGAUUUGUUGUAUAAAACAUGUGAUUCUGUAUAUGAAUAGAAUUUGAAUGGUAUCACACAACUCAGAACCCUUAAAGGUAUAAAUAUUUGAAUUCUUUUUUUUUUUUUUUUCUUUUGUUAUCUGUGUAGUUGGGUAACCUGUGUACAGUAUAAGGUAUAAUUUUUGAAUUUAUUUCAGAUAUAAUUUUUUAACUCAAGUGCAACAGAAGAUUUGAGCUAUAUAUGGGCUGGGGUGGGUAAUUUAAAGAAAAAGAUAAAUAUCUUCCUGGAUGCUGUGUUAUGCUUUGUGAAAGCAGUGUUAAUGUAGAGUUAGUUAAACCAUGGGCAAGGUCCACACUUUAAAGCAGUAGUUUGACAUUUUGGGAAACAUGCUUUUUCACUUUCUUGGCCAGAGUUAGAUGAGAGGAUCGAUACCGCUCUCAUGUUUGUAUGCUAAAUGUGACGCAAUAGUCAGGAGACAGUUAGCUUAGCAUAAAGAUUUGAAACAGGAUGAAACAGUUAGCCCGCCUCUGUCCAAAAGUGAACAAAUGGCACCUCUGAAUCAACGCUAAUUAACAUUGUACCUCGUUUGUUUAAUUUGCACAAAAAUCAGAGAGUAAAAAUGACAAGUUGUGGUUUUAAUGAAACAUUGAGGUAAGCUUCAUAAAACAAAUGGGGACAUGAGAGAGGUAUCAAUCUUCUCAUCUAACUCUUGUUAAGAAAGCAAAUAUCCCAAAUUGUCCAACUAUUCUUUUAAAGAAAGACAAGACAAUGACAACAAAACAAUCAGUUUUCCUCAACUGCAGUGAUGAAGUUUGGUGACUAUGGUACCACUACUGGAACAGGAUUUGUUUACCGGGACCAGCUUGUUUUUUUUUUUUUAAUUCAAACACUCAAGUUUUGAUCCAACAUUCUCAGUUCCUACAUCUACCCAUUCAGUUAUUCCUGAACUUAGUCCAUACGUCACCACAAGCUUCUCACUAUUCUCUUACCUGUUUCCAUUUACCUCAGUGGUACCUGAAUCCCCUGAGCGGAAAUGAUAUCAUGAGCACACCCCCGAUCAUCCAACCAGCGCUUAAAUCCAUGGCUUUAUUUUGCAUAAUUGUAACGGUCUCUGUGAGAUGACAUGAGUUGAAUGCGGUUGUGGAGCGAGGUUAAGUCGACCAAAAUGCUUUUUCUUUUGUAUUUUAUGUGUGUGUACCCCGACAGUCAGUCCUCUGUUAAGGAGAAUAAGCUGAAUAUUUUUAAAACUGAUUAAAAAAGAAAAAAUGUUAUAUUGUUUAAUGUGAAAAAAACACUGUGCUGAUGAUGUUGAACUUCCUGAAUGCUCUGACACUCAACAUGAAGAACAAAAAGUGUGUGUGAAGUGUAUCUGAAGCUCUCCGUACUGUACUGUAUGUCAACAUUCUGCUAAAUGCAACCAAUCAUAGUCCUUUCAGAGCUUUCGUAAAAGCAUCUUAAACUGGGUUUAGGUGAAGAAAACAACACGCCUCACAUCAAUACUCUUAUUCACUGAUAGAGUACUUUUGAUUGGGCAACGUUUUUAAAUAUAUGUGGUUAUUUGGCCAGUGAAAAAAUCUGAUCUGGGCUGUGUCGUUCAAAUUAAAAUCUUGUUCUUAACCAGAUUUUUCCGAUGAAGACUCAAUCUGAAAGAGCAUUGUGGAUUACUGUGAGGUUGCAUUUAAUUUGUUAAUGUGAAGUGAUGAUGAUUGGUGCCAUUUAGCUCCCACAUUAGCUUGGUAACAUUUGCUGUCAGUCAUGUCAGUCUGUCAUUUAGUUGACUGGAUGAAUCGAUGUGCCUCACAGGAAGUUGUUACCUUCUGGGUGAAUCUUGAAGCUACCAGUGCAACAGUCACUACAGCAUUAUCUACAGAGGCCCACCAUACACUUAUCCCAUCAUGCAUCUGUUUUAAAUUACCACUACACUACAGGUUACAGACAUGUCUUUCAGCUUGAAAGACAAAACAAAACCUGAUUUCAGUCUGUUGGUUGCCAGAUAAAACUUUGCAUCUUUUAAUAUAAAAAUGAAACAAAACUUUCCAGAUCUUCAUCUCCAUGGUGAAUUUGUCCUGCAGUAAUUUAUUAUUGCAUGCAGAGCAUGCAGUAAAAGGUGGGGCAUCUCAUGAUGAUAGAUAGUACUGAAAUGACAUGUUGUGCUGUUGUCACUUACCUGUGUUAAUGUUGAGAAGAGCAGGGAGUGUGUUUGUGUGCUAUAAGCCAGAAUGCUUUUGGUUCUGUACCGUUAACCUCAAACACAUGUGCAAGCUCUUUGUACAGUACAUAACAAUGCUAAGAUGAACUGAGAAACUUAGUUUGCUUCUUUCCAAAACCAAUAAAAGUUAUAACUGGA